UUCCAUUCGAAGUAACAUAACAGGAUUCGUUAAUGCACCAUCUUCAAAAAAAAGCGGGAUCCGGAGUUUUCGAGAAAAGGUCCCAUCCGUCAAUAUCAUGAUUGGGUCGACCAGGCCAGAUCAUAAGUGAAAUAUCAUGAUCGGGUCGACCAGGUCAGGCCCGAUCAUGAGUGAAUAGAAAAUCUAAAACGUACAUUGCUGUUCCAGCGGAAAUACUUGGUUUAAUUCUACCACUUCUACUAGGAGUAGCCUUUUUAGUGCUAGCUGAACGUAAAGUAAUGGCUUUUGUGCAACGUCGAAAGGGUCCUGAUGUAGUGGGAUCGUUCGGAUUGUUACAACCUCUAGCAGAUGGUUCGAAAUUGAUUCUAAAAGAACCUAUUUCACCAAGUAGUGCUAAUUUAUCCCUUUUUAGAAUGGCUCCUGUGGCUACAUUUAUGUUAAGUCUGGUCGCUUGGGCCGUUGUACCAUUUGAUUAUUGUAUGGUAUUGUCAGAUCCGAACAUAGGGCUACUUUAUUUGUUUGCCAUAUCUUCGCUAGGUGUUUAUGGAAUUAUUAUAGCGGGUUGGUCUAGUAAUUAGGGGGGCGGCCGUUCGGUCGCCUAUGAUAGACGGACCAAUUGGUCAAAAAAGGUUUGUGCCGCAGGUGUUGAACGAUCUACUCUACACAGGUGUGGGCUUACAGGGCUAGGGCUCAUAAACCCUUUCUUUCAUCAAGAGGGCCCUGGUCGGUCACUUUUCCGGGCCGGGAUCGAGAAGUGGAAGUCAUAAAAAAGAGAUCUUUCUCUUCGCACCUCAGAUCAAGAGGAAAGGUAGCUUGUCAAGCUGGCCUAUAUCUUCAAUAUUAUAGCUGUCUUUUAACCGGCUGUUCUUCUUUGUCAACGCUACUAAGGACCCCUAGGUUCGCCUACUUGAUGAAUGAAAGAACAUGAGAAAG